UAGCGAUGCGUGGGGGAAUUAGGGAAAUAAUCUGUCGCUGUUGAUCCCAGAGGCGGGAAUUUGCAGCGUGGUGCCAGGCCCCAGGCACGGAAGAGGGGGAGAACCAGGCCAGCGGACGUGUGAGCGGAGCUCCCGGCUGGAAUGCACCAGCUCAGCAAGGGAUUGUCCUCGGCGGGCCGGGCGGCUGCUGCCGUGCCCGGAGCCUGGUGGCCGUGACAGCUGCCCGGAGCAUGGCGGCCGCAGAGAGCCCCUCCGCUGCCCUCCGGCGCCGCGACCUCUGCAGCCGCGGCAUCCGCCUGGCCGGCAAGAUGCGCGCGGAUGUCGUCGACCUCCUGGACGCCUACGUGGAGCAGCAGGGCUUGGACGCCUCGGCCAGUGUGGCGGCAGUGGAGGGGGUGCCGCUGGCGGCGGUGGAGCGCUGGGAUGAGCAGACGGGCACGCAGCGGCUGCUGGAGAACCUGGCGGCCUACCGGGCCUUCCGCGCCCUGCUGGCCCAGAUGCUGGAGGAGCAGCGGGAGCAGCUGGGCGAGGCCGACGCGGGCCUGGGCCGGGCGCUGGCGGCCGUCCUGCUCCAGGUCUCGGCCUUCGCCUACCACCUCGAGGAGCUGCUGCGGCUGGAGAGCCGCGGGGUCCCCGGCGAGGAGGGGGAUGAGGAGGAGGAGGAGGAGGACGGGCCGCCGCCCCCGCCGCGCCUCAGCCUCUUCGAGCAGAAGCUGCGGGGCCUGGGCGUACUGCGGGAGCUGGCCCAGUGGGCCGUGAGGUCCGUGCGGGACCUGCGGCAGCUCGCCAAGCCCAGCCCGGCCACCGGCGCAGCCCCCGGCCUGGCCGAGAGCCCCUGAGGCCGAGCACAGGGUGGGGGGGCUUGGGUGCCCCUGCGGCUCCUCGCCCACCCUCUCAGAGGGCAGCUGAGAGCGAAGGAGGGGACGUGGAGGGGAGGGACCGUGCCAUUAAUCCCCAUGCUUUUAAUGCUGCUCCCCGUGGGGAAACUGAGGCACAGGCUGCAGUCUAGCCUGGAGGGAGCAGGGAUCCUCAGGGGUCCUUGGGCUCUUCCUGCUGGACACUUGAAUUACCCUCAGGAAGCAGCUUUGCUGCUCACCCCAGGGCCUAGAGUCAUGAGAAGCAGCACUGCCCUUCCCUUUGGAAUUUGCACACUGCUAUGGCAUGCAGAUGCUGCCUUGGGGCUCUUGUGGAUGCAGGGCAGGAGCCAAGGGACAGAAGAGCAUCACCGGGUGAAAGGAGUCUUGGGACCUGCCCCCAGCUACAAGGCACAAGGCUUGGCCUCCUGCACGUGGACUCUCCUUCUGCCCAGCUUGGUUGGCUGCUCAUUGAAUUUCUGCUCUAACUGCUUGGGGCUUUUUGGGGAGGGGGGGGAGCAAUCAGGAGGGGGAAUUCUUAAUUGCUUGGACAUGAUAAUGGAGAGGAUCUUUUAACUGAAGGGAGAGAAGCCUUCUCUCUGCAAGGGGGUUAGUGCCUGCAGGGCUUAUUUUAGGACUGGGAAUGGCAUGGGAGAACCUAAGAGCCCCAACCACAUUGCUCAUCCUGUGGAGUGCUGGGAUGUUCCACAGCUUCCUGGGCCACGGUUCUCCUGCCGACUGGAUGUGAUGGCUGCCGUGUGAAUAAAAGGGCUGGGAGAUCUAC